AUGAAGAAGGUUCAAUUCUGUGAGAAAACAGGCUUAAAGAGAGGAAAAUGGAGUCUUGAAGAAGAUCAUCAGCUCGUAACUUACAUAAAAAACCAUGGAAUUUGGAAUUGGAAAGAAAUGGUAAAACCAGCUGGUUUAUCUCGAACAGGAAAGAGUUGUAGGCUACGUUGGAUGAAUUAUUUAAAGCCAAAUUUGAAACACGGAAAUUUUACUAAGGAAGAAGAUGAUAUCAUCAUACAAAUGUAUGCAACCAUGGGAAGCAAAUGGUCGAGAAUUGCAGCAAAACUUUCGGGGAGAUCUGACAACGAUGUCAAGAAUCAUUGGCAUACAAACUUGAGAAAACAUAAUAAACGUCGCAAUAUAAUUAAAAGUGAUUGUCAUAUUGUAAAGAACUUUAGCAUUACAAUGGGGAACAAUGAGCCUUAUAAUAUUAUUACUCAUGAGACAAAUUUUAUCAGCUCGGUUGAACCACCACUGUCGGUUGAAGACUAUGUGAUUGAAGAAUCCUUGAAUAUGGAGAUUGAACAUACCCCAUCAUCAUCAUCUCAUAAUUCAUCUGAUCAGAUAUAUUAUUUUAGCAGUCCUUCAUCAAUUACAAGGUAUCAAUAUGAAGAAGAAAUGGUCCAUGGCUCUUGUAAGGCAAUUCAAGAUGAAAAUAGAUAUUGGGAUAUGCUUCUGAAGAUGAUUUCAGAAAACCAGUUUCCACAAUUUGAUGAUCCAUUACAAGAAAUUAUGCAUGUAGUAUAG